ACUACGGCGCGCUGCCUGCCGCCGCUGCUGCAGGCCGCACGAGAGCCGAGAGGAGGUGGGAGUGCGCGCGCGCGCGCAGAAACGGCACAAACUCCAGCCAGCAGCGGCGGUUGCGAGUCUUUGGCAAAUACAACACGACUGAGAGCGACUUUAGUCACUACUCGGGAUUCGAAGCGGUACGAGCGCGUGCGUAUAUAGGCGUGUGUAUACAGUUCUGCAGACAACACCACUGCGUGCUGCAUUAUAUACUUGCACACAUAUCGCGCGCGUACGAGUGCAAUCCUCCGUGUACAGCAGAUCCUCGAGAUCGUCCUGCGCGACGACCGCGUCUUGUUGUGUUGUCGGUGUCUGCGUGCCUUUGUGUCUCUGUGUGUGUGUGUGUAGCUGUGCGAGUCGCAGUGCGAUUCUGUGUCGUUUUCUGGUGUUUGGCCUCAAAGAUAAGAUCAUGUGCCGAGUGUCAAGCAGCAGCAGAAAAAGUUACCACGUGGGACCAGUAGCAGCAGUAGCAGUUGUGGUUGCGUUCUUUGACGCGAGUCGACGGACGACAGCUUCGAGCCAGAUCGCUUGAGGACAAACACCACUGUAAACAUGACGACCAACGAGCUCUAUGUCAAGGGCGCCAGAGUAUGGUUCCCGCACGCGGAACGAGUCUGGGAGCUGGCCAUCCUCCUCGAGGACUACGAGCCGAGCCGCAAAAGUCUCAGGCUCCAGCUGGAGGAGUCGAAGCAGGAGCGCAGCGUGGACAUCGCCAAGGACGAGGAUCUGCCGCCGCUGCGCAAUCCCGACAUCCUCCUCGGCGAGAACAAUCUCACGUCGCUGUCGUUCCUCCACGAGCCGGCGGUGCUCAACAAUCUGCACGUGAGGUUCCAGCGGCGCUGCAUCUACACCUACUGCGGCAUCGUCCUCGUCGCCUUCAAUCCCUACAGCGAGCUGCCGAUCUACGGCAACGACACCAUAUGGGCGUACAGGGGCCAGGCGAUGGGCGACCUCGAGCCCCACAUAUUCGCCGUGGCCGAGGAGGCUUACACCAAGCUCGAAAGGGAGAGCAAGGACCAGUCGAUAAUCGUGUCGGGCGAGUCGGGCGCCGGCAAGACCGUCUCGGCCAAGUACGCGAUGCGCUACUUCGCCACGAUCGGCGGCUCGUCCAAGGAGACCCAGGUCGAGAAGAAGGUGCUGGCCUCGUCGCCGAUCAUGGAGGCCAUCGGCAACGCCAAGACGACGCGCAACGACAACUCGUCGCGCUUCGGCAAGUACAUCGAGAUCCAGUUCAACAAGGCCUACAACAUCGUCGGGGCGAGCAUGCGCACCUACCUGCUGGAGAAGUCGAGGGUCGUGUUCCAGGCGCCGGGCGAGCGCAACUAUCACAUCUUCUACCAGAUGUGCGCGGCCGCGCGCCGUCUGCCCCAUCUGCAGCUGCUCGAGCUCGGCGCCGAGCAGCAGUUCCACUACCUGGCCCAGGGCGGCAGUCCCCACAUCGACGGCGUCGACGAUCUCCGCUGCUUCGACGAGACCAUCACCUCGCUCACGGUGCUGGGCUUCAGCUCGAAGCAGCAGGACGACGCGCUGCGAAUCCUGGCCGCGGUGCUGCACCUGGGCAACGUGAGGAUCGAGCGGGCCGACGCCGAGAGCUGCCACAUCUCCUCGGCCGACAGGCAUCUGCUGGUGCUGCAGGAGCUGCUGGGCCUCGAGGCGGCCCCGAUGCGCAAGUGGCUCUGCAAUCGGCGCAUCGUCUCGAUGCGCGACGUCAUCGUCAAGCCGAUGAACGCCCAGGAGGCCCGCCGCGCCCGGGACGCCCUGGCCAAGCACGUGUACGCGCGACUCUUCAACUGGAUGGUCGAGCGCGUCAACGCCAGCCUCGAGUCGCCGAGUCGCGGCAGUCAGUGCUUCAUCGGCGUCCUCGACAUCUACGGCUUCGAGACCUUCGAGGUGAACUCGUUCGAGCAGUUCUGCAUCAACUACGCCAACGAGAAGCUCCAGCAGCAGUUCAAUCAGCACGUCUUCAAGCUCGAGCAGGAGGAGUACCUCAAAGAGGAGAUCGAGUGGACCUUCAUCGACUUUUACGACAAUCAGCCCUGCAUCGACCUCAUCGAGACCAAGCUCGGCAUUUUGGACUUGCUCGACGAGGAGUGUAGGAUGCCCAAAGGCUCGGACGCCUCGUGGGCGGAGAAGCUUUACGCCAAGUGCGGCAAGCACAAGCACUUCGCCAAGCCGAGGUUCGGCACGUCGGCCUUCCUCGUCGAUCACUUCGCCGAUCGAGUGCAGUACGAGACGAGCGGCUUCCUUGAGAAGAAUCGCGACACCGUCGUCGAGGAGCAGAUCGACGUGCUGCGCAACGCCGACAACUCGCUGCUCAAGAAAUUGUUCAGCCCCGAGGACGAGGACAAGGAGCAGCUGGCAGCGCCCCAGCCGACCAAGAGGAUCAAGGUGUCGCCGCACGUCAAGCCCGUGGCCAACAAAGCCACGAGCGCCUCGGCCGCCAAGAACCGCAAGACCGUCGGCUCGCAGUUCCGCGACUCGCUCAACAUGCUGAUGGGCACGCUGAACGCGACCACGCCGCACUACGUGCGAUGCAUCAAGCCCAACGACACGAAGCAGGCCUUCGAGUACAAUCCGCAGCGGGCCGUGCAGCAGCUGCGAGCCUGCGGCGUCCUCGAGACGAUUCGCAUCUCGGCCGCGGGCUUCCCCAGUCAGCGCACCUACGGCGACUUUUUCCAGCGCUACAGGUGCCUCUGCCACUUCAAGGACAUCAAGCGCGACGACCUGCGCGAGACCUGUCGGCGCAUCCUCGCCCGCUACAUCAAGGACAAGGACAAGUUCAAGUUCGGCAAGACCAAGGUGCUGUUUCGCGCGGGCCAGGUGGCCUACCUGGAGAAGCUGCGCGCCGACAAGCAGCGCGACGCCUGCCUCAUGAUACAGAAGACUGUGCGCGGCUGGGUGGCGCGCAAACGCUACCGCCAGCUGAGGCGCUCGAUCCUCGGCCUGCAGCGCUACGGUCGGGGCUUUCUGGCGCGGCGCAAAGCCCGGGCCAUACGCAGACACAGGGCCGCCACGAGGAUACAGGCCUGGUACAGGGGCUGCGCCCAGAGACGCAAGUACCUUGGCAUCAGAAAAACGGCCUUGGGCUUGCAGACCAGAGCCCGAGGCCUCCUGGCUAGGAGGAGGUUCAGGCACAUGCAGGACGUGGCAGCCGCGACCAAGAUUCAAAGGUACGCACGCGGAUAUCUGGCGCGACUGGCCUGCAAGCGGAAGCUGGCCAAGAUCGUGCUUGUGCAAGCCUGUGUGCGCAAGUUCCUGGCCAAGAGGCUGUUCCGGCGCCUGAAGACUGAGGCGCGCAGCGUCGAGCACGUCAAGUCGCUCAAUAAGGGCCUCGAGAUGAAGAUCAUCAAUCUCCAGCACAAGAUCAACGAAUUGACGAAAGAAAAUCAGCAUCACAAGGCGCUUCAUCUGGAAGUGGGGGAGAUGAAGGCCAAGCUGGAAGGCCACAAAGCCCUGGAAACCGAGAACAAAAAGCUCAAUGCGAUCCUGAUCGAGAGGGACAAGGCCGUCGUCGCUCUGCAGGCGAGCCUGGACGAGGCGCGCCAAGAGACGCUUCGGGUCUCGCAGAAGCACGAGGCCGUGGUCGCGGACAGAGACGAGCUGGUGCAGAAGCUGCAGCGCGAGAACGAGCUGCUUCGCGUCGAGCUGAGCCAGUCGCAGACCGAUCGGGCCAAGGUCGAGAGGCAGGACACGGACGACGACGAGCGCAAGCUCGCCAUGUCGCGCCUGGCUCGCGAGAAAGACCUGCUGCUGUUCGAGCAGGACGAGGACAAGACGGCCUAUCAGAGGCUGCUCAAAAAUUACCACGAUCUCGAGCAGAGGAACGAAAUUCUGGAGCAGAAGCUGGCCGUUUACGCGCCGGGACAUUCGAGGACCCUGAGCAACGCGUCCAGCGGAAGCGGGCCGAAUCCCAUGAUCGAAUUGCCACAGGACGAUCACAAUAUCGAUUUCGGCUACGGCUCCGUGCGCUCGAGAACGUCGUCGAGUGCGCCUUACUCGAGGCUCGAGACCAUCGACUGGAAUCAGCAAAGUCAGCAAACGUCGCUUCAGCGUCACUCCGAGAGUCCUCCGGACGGCGUGAAGUCGCCCAGUAACGGAGAAGUUCCGAACAACACCAACCACGCGCCGGUCGACGUCGGCCUGGUGCUCAAGCUCCAGCAGAAACUCAAGGACGUCGAGAAGGAGAAGGGCCGGCUCAUUCGAAUGGUCGAGGGCUUCGAGAGGGUGGAUAACUUCUUGGAUGAACAAUCGACGGCUCAAGACACAUUCAGGCUGAAGGAGCUGAAAGUGGAGAACGCCCAACUGAAGCGUGAUCUGGGCAUGCUACGAAAGAACGUGGCCGAAGCCGACUCAACGACGUCGGUUCCAAAGACUCUGAUCGAGCAAUUCACGGCCCUGCAAGAGGAGCUGGAAUGCAGACGCGAGGAAUGCAUCAAGCUGCGCAGCAAACUGGCCGAGAACACGCAGCGCAUGGCCGAGGGCGACAGCAUCAUCGACGCCGAGCUCGAAUUGGCCUACGACGCCCAGAAGAAGAUCAAUCGUCAACUGGAGAGCGAGCUGCAGGCCAAGGAGCGCGAAUGGAAGCAGCAGCGCGAAGACUGGCGCGCGGAAAUCGACCAACUCUACGAGAAGGUGGAGCGCCAGGAAAAACUCGUGUCGAUCAACCUGAGCAAAGCACCGCAGACGCCGACCGAGGAAUUUCUCCAGUACGAGAUCACGAGGCUGACCGCCGAAAAUUUGGAGCUCCAAGACAAGUACGAUGAAAUAGCAACCGAAGCACGAAAAAUGAAAAAGGAAAUCAAGCAACUUCAAAAGCGACUAAAGGAAGGCGGCCUCGACGUAUUCGCAGACGAGUACAAAACAAAGGCACGACCUCGUGCGAAGCACAGGCACAAAGCCGAUGUUGCGGAAAGCUCGAGCAACGACGCCAUCAGUGGAAUCGUGUCGUCGUCAUCUUCGACGCGCCGAGGAUCGUCGAGCAACGCCGACAGCGUAUUGCCAGCGGGUAUGAUUCGCAAAAAGGAGCGCGACUUCGAGGGUAUGUUCGAAUUCAGGAAGGAGGACGUGAGCCUGAUCGCGCGCCACCUCAUCGCCGAGCUGAAUCCGCGCACGGCCAUCACUCUGCUGCCGGGUCUGCCGGCCUAUAUACUCUUCAUGUGCGUGCGUCACACCGAUCAAGCGAACGACGGCGACAAGCUGCGGGCCCUGCUCACGGCCUAUCUCGACACGGUCAAGAGGGUCGUGAAGAAGCACAGCGACUUCGAGGUCAGCGUGCUCUGGCUCAGCAACACCCUGAGACUGCUGCACAACAUGAAACAGUACUCCGGCGACAAGCCCUUCCAGCUCGAAAACAGCCCGCGACAGAACGAGCAGUGCCUGCGCAACUUCGAGCUUGGCGAUUUCCGUGUCGAGCUGAGCAACGUGGCUUUCUGGAUCUUCAACAACGUCGUGGACCAUCUGAAGGAGCGCGUCCAGCCGAUGACGGUGCCGGCCCUGCUGGAGCACGAAGCGAUCGCCGGCCUGGACGCGAGCAGACCGCGUUCGAGCUCGACCACGGGCCAGGACGCCGAGGCACUGAAGCAGCGGCUCAAUCGGCUCAUCGACGAGCUCACCAGGAUCCUCAAGCAGCUCGAGUUCCACGGCAUCGAUCCCGAGAUCUCGGUGCAGAUAUUCAAGCAGCUCUUCUACUUCAUGUGCGCGAGCGCGCUCAACAAUCUGCUGCUGCGCCACGAGCUCUGCCACUGGACCAAGGGCAUGCAGAUCAGAUACAACCUGAGCCAUCUCGAGCAGUGGGCGCGCGACUAUCGCCUGGUGCCAGCCACCGACGCCCUCCAGCCCAUCGUCCAGGCGGCCCAGUUGCUGCAGGCGCGCAAGAGGGACGAGGACGUCGACGCCGUCUGCGACAUGUGCAGCUGUCUCAGCGCCAAUCAAAUCGUCAAGAUACUGAAUCUGUACACGCCGGCCGACGAGUUCGAGAGCCGCGUGCCUCAGUCGUUCAUCAACAUGGUGCAGAUCAAGCUGCAAGAGCGCAAGGAAAAUUCCGAUCAGCUCCUCAUGGACCUCAAGUUUGCCUAUCCCAUCAGGUUCCCGUAUCAUCCAUCCAACAUUCGCUUGGAGGACAUCGAAAUACCAGAAGUACUCAAUUUACCCAUGCUCAAGAAAAUCUAAUGCACUUCGAAGACUUGAUAUUUGCUUAGAGUAUAGCUAAUUUUACACUGUAUUAGCUCUGAAUAGAGAGUUAUCGAAUUUUACGUCGGCGCAAAUUUUAAAAUGUGAUCCGUGGUCAAAACCCGAGCUUUAACUUGUUAUAUGUAUUUAUAAUCGAUUAAAACGGCUGAAAUUGUAUUUGAUAAAAUAUAAAAGGAAAUGUGCAUAUUAAUGACGUGGCAGAAAGUGAAUGCUUUUUAUUAAACGUCAGAGUACAAAUUUAUAUUUAUCUUCUUGAGAUAUCUUGCAAAUGGCUUAAAGUGAUCAACUAUUUUGAAUGUGCCUGAGUAAAAAAAUACAGAUCUCUAAAGAUAAGCUCAUAUAUUUUCUAUUCAAGUACUAUUUAAAGAGCGUCAGAAAAUCCAAUUUUGAGAAAAAAUGUUUUAUAUAAUACUUUUCCAAAAUUACUCAUUGUACUAACGGUUUAUAAAAUGAGACAUUUUUUCGGAUUAUGUAAGGUCGACUGUACAAAGUAGAAUAUUAAUUUUACGCACAAAAUUCUAUGUCGAAAGGUCCCUCUUCUCGAUAAAAAUGAUGAAUUUUAAUUGAUGAAAAAUCUAAAUUUAUAACUUUCAUAAUUUCGAAAAUGUGAAUUCGAUGCCUAAACUAAAUUUUUAGGGCUGUGCUUUCGUACGUUAAUCAUGUAUAGUUGUAUAGAUUUAUACAUUUUUGGAAUCUAGCAUUCUUUAAAAAUUGUUAUUGUUUAUUUUGAAUCCCAGUGGGAGUAAAAUGUAGUUAAUUCAAAAGUACUAUAACUGUACACACCAUUAGAAAAAUAUAUUGUACAAAUAUAUAGUAUAUUCAUACGUUUAUUUAUAAGAUUUAAGGGUCAUGUAUAUUUUUUAAAUCAAAAAUUACCUUUUUUGAUAAUUUGAAACGUAAAAAGAUGUAUUUAUUUUCGCACAAGCUAAUUUACUUAGUGCCAUUGAGUGACGCUUUUCAAUAAAAGCGCUGAAAAUUUUUCUUCAUUCGACACUUGCCAAACAUUGUUCAUUAUGUGCCGUUUAAUUGUACGUAUUAAGAAAAAAAUCGAAUGUAACGAACAUGUGCCUAUUUUAAAAUAAGUUUCAAUAAAUUAGCAACUGUAUUGGAAUUA